AUGGCGGAUCAGACAGAGAAAGCGUUUCAGAAACAGUUGACGGUGUUCCUCAACCGUAAAGGAGGCCUCAAGCGGAAGGACAUGAGACAUCAUAAGAAUGUCGGUCUAGGCUUCAAAACUCCGAGAGAGGCUAUUGAGGGCACUUACAUUGACAAGAAAUGUCCAUUUACUGGAAAUGUUUCAAUCCGUGGCCGUAUCCUCACUGGAGUUGUCCAGAAAAUGAAGAUGCAAAGAACCAUUGUCAUCAGGCGUGAUUACCUUCACUAUCUGCCCAAAUACAAUAGAUUCGAGAAGAGACACAGAAAUAUGUCUGUUCACUUAUCACCUUGCUUCAGAGAUGUGGAGUUAGGAGACAUUGUGACUAUUGGUGAAUGCAGACCACUCUCCAAAACGGUCAGAUUCAAUGUAUUAAAAGUCUCCAAAGGCAAGGGAUCAAAGAAGUCAUUCAAAAAAUUCUAA